AUGGCCUACAUCCUCUACUCCACUGUGUUCCUCUUCCUCGUCUCCAUAACCGUCCUGUACCUCACGCGGGACCGGUGGUCGCACCUCGUCUCCGAGAUCCGCCUCCCUGGCGGCGGGUACCUCUACGAUCGGCUGCCGGGCUCUUUCACCGGCGACAUCGAGGCCGGCCUGUCUUCAACUACAUUCGACCUCACCGGAAACGUGGCGGAUGGCGACGGCAGGGCGGGACUGGAUGAUGCGGCGAAGCAGGAGAUCCUCAAGAUCAUGAAGAAGCGGAGGAUGAAGUUCGACCAGGCCAGGAAGGUCUAUAUGGAGAACCGGUUCAAGGACAACGGUAUCGGACCGGACGGACGGCCGAGGGACCCGAAAUUUGUCAGCUUCUCUUGA